AUGAAGCCGCCCGCAUCAUUAAAUAUCCUCUGCUUUCUUUCCAGCGUUGCGUCUGCAGCAAUAUGCAACAACAAUUGCGGCCGCCAAGUUGCGGGCACGGGCAGGAAUGAUCCAUCUCUUGCCUCGAGAUCAUCUCUUUGUGCGGCCUUCGUGAGUACUUAUGCUACAAUGCCUGCUAUACCUCAGCCGACUGUCACUCUGUCGGUUCCAUCACCGGUGCAAAAGAGAAACGUCCAUGGCCCGCGUCAAGAGACCCCUGCGCCUACAAUCCUUGGCACAAAGCCUGCAUACGCCAGCUCCUGCCCUGACGUAGCUGCCUAUUGGUCGGCAUGUCAGUGCUUUGACGGUAUCAAGCCGACCACCAUCACUGCGACGGCGCCGACAGGUGUCGCUUCUUCGACCGCUUCGGCUUCUUGCACACCAGGAGCUGAGUUUGCUCUCCAUGUGAUUGAAGAGAGAUCAAACUUGUGUAGGAACACUCUUCAAAACGAAUUUGUCAGGGCGAAUACGUACAAUCUGAAGAACCUCGUUCAAGGCCGUGUUCCGGUUGGUGUUGGUCACGCAGAAGUCCCAAGAUACAACCAAAAUGACGAGAACCAACCCAUCAACUAUAGAGGGGUUCAAGGCCCCGCAGGAUCAACGAUCAAGUGCAACAUUGUUGUCCAUCGCGGCUACAUCAAGGCAUCUCUCAACGGAUCUUACGAGUUCAUCGUCGGUGAGGCUGACGACGUAGUCAUGGUCUGGCUGGGGGAUAAGGCCAAGUCAGGCUUCAACGCGAACAAUGCCGACAUCACAGUUCAGAAGGACUAUCGAUCAUAUCCCUACAGCCAGUUCAUUUACUUUGAAACCGUGGAGGAGUACAUCCCCUUUCGCAUAUUCUGGUCCAACGGGAGGGGUGGCGGGGCUUUUAGCUCCGGGAUCUACCCAGAUUACACUCUAGGGCUGGACCUCCCCGAAGGUACUGUGAUCGAGAACCCCAAGCUGUAUGCAAGCUGCUCUGGGGAUGCAAGUCGUGCCCCGGCUUGGCCUGCUUGGCAAGAUGAGGUCUGGGGCUAG